AUGUUAUCCGGCGUUGCGGCGGUCCCUGGUACUGGCCCUGAGGCGCUGGCUGUGUCGGUGUAUGGAGCUGGCGGACGGAGGGCACUUAUCACCAAGUCCGGUUCGGCACGGGGAGAGAAAGAGUCGGCGGAGUCGGGAGACCAGAGGUGCCGAAGCUGCGGUGGCGACAUCUCCAGCGCUGGAAGGAGGUCGACGGAGAAGGUCCCGGCCGGUCGGAGUGGAGAGGGCCCAAGAUGGCGGCGAGGAAGAUGGCGCCGGCAUCACCGGAAGAUCGCGCAGUCCAAGCGCUUCUCUUCCUGCUCCACAGGAAGUGCCGUCAGCACGCACGGCACGUAG